AUGUCCAUAGACAUCAACUGGGAGGCCGCAACCUCAGGGCCAGAUGGCGAAGCCCUUGCGGAGCGCAUCCGCUCAUUCAUCCACGACAAGUUCCAGCAAAUCGCCCUUCCUCGAUUUAUACGCUCCGUCGAGGUGAACUCCUUCGACUUUGGCACGAUCAAGCCCGAGCUGCAAAUCAAGGAUUUAUGUGAUCCGUUCGAAGACUUCUAUGAGGAGGAUGAAGACGACGAAGUCGGAGAUGGGGAGCUGUCAGAUAUCCAGGACAGAUCACCGAAACCUCGACCUUCCAGCGCUGGAAAUGAGCGGAGCGCGGCGGACGCGUGGCAAGCGGAACAUCCUGCGUUCUUAGAUGACCGGCUAUGCGGCAGAAUCGGACCCCAUGAUGUCCCGAUACCCUCGAAAGAGGAUCCCCUAGCAUCGAGGCCGAUGCGAUCUCCAAUGUCCUUCGGGGAUCCCUUGAAUCCCUACUUCUUUCCGCGGGCUGGCACCCCCGGGAUUCCGGGCGGUACUUCGAAUCUAGGCUACUACUACAUGCCUCUUGGCGGAAUAUCAGGGACACAGACGCCUCUCUCUUCAGUCCCUCGCGGCCCGUUCUCCCCGGGUCUACGUGAUGCCUCUGUCUUUGGAGAACCUUCUAAUUCGCAACGACCUAAUCCUUUGGGUCCCGCCCGUCGUCAGUCUGAAAUUGACAUUGACACCGGGAAUUCCAGGCCAUCGACUGCAGAUACUUUGAAUUCACUCAAUAUCCAUGGUAUCCCCGACCCAGUGCUACCCCGCUCAUCUGACGAUGCACAUCCAAAUGUUCUUCCCCGGAGAGAUAAUAGCCCUGCUCCGCGCCGUGUGCGCGAGAAGAGACCAGAAGACCUUCAAGUUCUAUGCCGAUUAAGAUAUAACGGAAACAUCCGACUCUCUCUCACAGCCCAGGUGCUCCUCGACUAUCCCAUGCCAAAUUUCGUUGGUUUACCCUUGAAGCUAAACAUCACCGGCCUCACAUUCGACGGUGUCGCCGUGGUUGCGUAUAUUCGAAAACGAGUACAUUUUUGUUUUCUGUCUCCAGAAGAUGCGGACACGCUAUUUGGAGCGGAUGACACUAAUGAAGCAGGGCAUUUACAGUCCAGAGACUCGCUGGCGGGUGGAAUCAAUGACACAAGUUACUCCUCCCGACGACCGCACGAUAGUCUUCUCCGCGAUGUCCGGGUGGAAAGCGAAAUUGGUAGAAAGGAAGACGGAAAACAGGUGCUGAAAAAUGUGGGCAAAGUCGAGAAGUUUGUCCUGGAGCAAGUUCGUCGAAUUUUUGAGGAAGAAUUUGUCUACCCUAGUUUUUGGACGUUUCUGGUAUGA